UUGUAUAUUUUCGCACAUCCCAUACGCGACAAUAAAUUUGAUAUAAAUCUCUUUUCCUGGCAGUUCUUCUGUAAGCUUACUGCUGCUGGAAAGGUUUAGUAGCUUCACAAUGUAAGACAUUUUUUGCUUUGGAUCCUCCAAGAGUCCUCUUUAACAUUUCAGCAACUCUCCACUUGAGUGGCUUUGAUAUAAACUUUGAUAAGUUUAUAUUUGUAAAAAUGCAGCUUUGUUUUAAGAUUGCAGGGAGCUCUGGUAUCAAGUUGGCGACACAUUCUCAUCUUGGUUUUGGGCUAACCUGAAGGGGCACCGGAUUAAGUUGCUCCUCCAAUUAUUUGGUUGUCCUUUUUUGGUUGAAUAACAAGUUUUUGAUGUACCUUCCACUCUGAGAUUGAAAGGGUCACAAGUAUGGCUAAAAAUAUUUAUACAUUUAUUGCCUGUCGUCUCCAUAAUGAUAUGCUAUACUGAGUUACUAACUACUUUUACCUUACUGAAGGUAUUGAAUUCUCCAUUAUCAGUUUACCCAUGUUACUAGAGGUGCAUUUUAACAACUAAAGAUCCAAAACCUUUUGCAGAAUUGAGUAUAUGAAGUCCAUCGGAUCACCGUUGACCAAAAAAAGGAUCCUUUUUAAAGGUGUUUUUUGACAGGAAAAUGUUCUUUUGCCUUUUAUACAGGAGAUUUUAUCACAACAAUGAACGAUAAUUUUGAACAGAUUUCUUAAGCAAAAUUAGCAGACACUUUACAAAGAAAAAGUAAAAAAAAAUUGUGCUACUCCAUCAAGACGCUCUGCCCUUCCUAUCUGCUAUAAUAGAUAUUUUAAAUAAUUUUUUUAAAAAAAUAAAUAUUGAACUAAAAACUAUUUUUUUAUUAGUUAGAACUUAAGAUUUUUUUAAAACUGUUUUUAAGCUAUUAAAAUUUAUGGACAAAAUUUUCACUUAACAACCGUUGGGGAGUCGGCAGCUCUCAAAUUUUUCAUAGCAUAUAUCUGACCUUUCCGGAUAGUAUGUAAUUUUGCCGUUGGCAUCAUAGUAUCAAAUACUUUGACUCCAUCUGCUGCAAUCAACGCACAGCUGAUGACAAAAAUUUUGCCAAUUGCUUAAGAACAGGAAAUACACACCCUGUGCUUAAUGAUCUAUUAUGGCCUAUGACAAGGCUAAGGUAACUUGGACUCAUCCUGAAAAGAGAAUAAAGAUGAAACAAAGUAUGGUGGCAAAGAACCCUAUUCUUAUUCUUUCCACUGUUUUUGCCACUUCCUUCGAUCUUGAUCUUCUUUAUUCCUCAACCUCCUUUUUGCACUCUAGUCCGCCAAAUCAUCCGCAAUUUAAAUAUAUUCUUUUUUUUAAUCCAAGAAGUGGAGGCCGAAUGCUGCGCCCUUCUCUCCCUCUCCUCGUUAAGCUGGCCACCGCCGCCGUGACCGGCGCGGCGGCGCUCCUCGCAUUCCGGCGGCUCAACCGGGACGAGGCCGUCGUCUCCCUCCGCCGCGAGAUCCGCGACGCCCUCCUCAGCCUCCGCCGCGACAACGGCGGAGCCGCCGCCACCCCGCCGGCGGUCCUCGUCACGGGGUUCCGUGCCCACGGCAAGAGCUCGUUCGUGAACACCGCGUGCCGCGCCCUCGCGGGCGAGGCCGGCCCCCUGCUCCUCCGAGCGGAGACGGCGCCGCCGGGCCCCGGCUCCGCCACCCUCGCGCGCGGGGCGGUCCGGGCGGUGGUGGCAUGGGGAGAGGGUGAGGAGGAGGCGAUGGUGGAGCUGGUGGACGCGCCGGCGUUGCCGGAGGCUGGAAGGCUGAGGAGGGCCGACGUGGAGGCUGCGCUGGGCGGCGUCGGGGGAGGGGAUGGGGCGGCGCCGGCGGCCGAGUGUGUGGUUCUGGUGCUCCGCUGCGGCGGACCGGAGAAGGAGCGGAACCUGGCGGUCAGGAAGCUGCCCGAUAUCGCCAGCGCCAUCCGCGAACGAGGCUUGCAAUUCGUCGUCGUGUUAACCUACAAGAAGGCCGUAAAAACUACACAGCAAGCUGAAGAGCUUCGUCGGGAGGUUGCGUUCAGGGCAAGAACUGAUUGUGUUUACUUCAUGGAGAACUACACAUCAAGUAAGAGGCAUAAUAUUAGCCAUCCCCCUGCAUUAAGAAAUGACUUCGAGACGCACUUCACGGUGCUGGCAAUCAUCAGGCAGUGCAUUGAGUUUGUCAAAUUAUACCGAAGCCAUUCCUCACAGAAGAUGCCAAUAGAAAGUAAUAGGUUGCGACUGAUAAAUAGGCAAUGAAAGCUUCGCUCUUUUCUUACUUCCAUCAUUGUUUAAAAUUAAUGCCUCACUUAGAAAUUAUUGUAAAUUUAUUAAUGCAAAACUGUUAGUAUUAAUGAAAAAGGAAGGGAUAACUAUGAUUGUAUACUACUAAGAGACUACGAACUAAAAGAUAAAUAAAGCAACAGAAGAUAACUCAAAUUGGGAUAUGGACCCUUUUAUCCAACAUACAAAAGUAGUAGAAUAUUAGCAUGUGGAAUAUGGACCCUUUUAUCCACAGCAUAAAUUGGGUUACACUUUUCCUUAGAAAAAAAAAAUAAAUAAAUUGGUUGCACCAACACUAGAAAGCCAUGAAUAAUGGGAUGUGGCCAUGAGAAUGUACCAGAGGAGACAUUCCUUUCCUGAACAAGGAGAUAGCUAAUGUGGAAAGUGAGGGAGGAAUUGAAGGAGACUAUUCUCUGAAUUCCCUUGUCCUCGAAUUGGAUGUCUCCUCCAAUGGAUGCAAUAAAGUCUAGAUUCGUUG